UUUCCUUUCGGAGCCAUUAGAGCGAUGCACAGGUCAUCUUUUAAGAACUGUAGGACUUUAUCUUUGGCUUAUUCUUCGGUCAAUAAUCAUUAGUUUUUCGCUUUUGACAUAACACAAUGGUCAGGUGCGUCUUGAGAAUUAAAUAUGUAAUGUAUAACAUUUAUAUUAGGUAGCUGGCAUGGUCAGCUAACAUAAAGCAGAGUCUGAGCUGUCAUUCAUACAGUCAAAGUGCGGCUAAAGUUAGGAAUUUAAAACGUGCUGCGUUUCCGUUAAGCUAGCAAGAUGUCACAAGAGGAGCUCUUUAUGGACUCAGUAACAGCAGGAAAGCUAACGGAGAAAAGGAGCAGGAGUAACCUUGGUCUCGCCGUGACUGGGUUGUUAGGAGGGUCGCUGGUCGCCCUGUAUGCAGUUGCGGCUCCGUUUGUCGCCCCUGCCCUGAGGAAAGUCUGCCUCCCGUUCGUCCCUGCGACCACGGCUCAGGUGGAGAAUGUCCUCGGGGUUCUGCGAGCCAGAACAGGGCGCCUGGUGGACAUAGGGAGCGGAGAUGGAAGGAUAGUGAUAGCAGCAGCUAAGCAUGGCUUUAAGGCAUCAGGCUUUGAGCUGAACCCCUGGCUUGUAUGGUAUUCUCGCUACAAGGCCUUGAGAGAGGGAGUCCAGCACUCAACCUCCUUCCACAUCUCUGACUUAUGGAAGGUCAGUUUUGCUCAGUAUUCCAAUGUUGUCAUAUUUGGAGUCCCUCAAAUGAUGGACCAGCUGGAGGUGAAGCUUGCAAGCGAGUUACCGAGUACAGCCAAGGUGGUGGCAUGCCGCUUUCCCUUUCCUACUUGGGUCCCUGAAUGCACCGCUGGAGAGGGCAUAGACACUGUGUGGGUGUAUGAUGCCAAGACAUUUAAAACAGACAUGCAAAAUGGCAUGACAAGGAAAAGAACACCAGAACCUGAAGAUAAACCAGAUUCACACACAUUAAUGUAACUCAGAUUUUGUUGUUAAAUUGUCAUCAUGCUCUUCUACCCUGGGACAAUCUCUUUUCUACUCUGGGGGUUGGCUUGAAAUUUCUGGGAAAGACUGAUUAAAAAUAAAGUGCUAUAAAGUGUUAUGUCUUUA